CUAUUGUCUUGUAGGAACCCAAGCCAGUGUCAAAAGGACCCAGUGUGGUGAAGAUCAAAGAGAAAAAAUCUCCAAAGAAGCAGACUGUUUUUGACCCAGCAGCCUUAGAGAAAAAAGGAAUAAGAAAAUCAACCCAGUUAAAAUCAGCUGAGACAGUGAAACGGCAGAGAGAGAGAGCAGAAGUGGAGAGAAAGCGUGCAAUGAGCAAAAGGGACAGAGCGCCAAGCCUCCCAAGGCUGACACAAGAAGAGUUGCUAGAGGAGGCGAAAAUAACGGAGGAAAUCAAUCUCAAGUCAUUAGAGAAAUAUGAAUUAGCGGAACUGGAUCGAAAGAAACCCAAGGUUGUUCGUCGAGGAUUUACAAGUUCAUUCAUCCGAUAUCAGUCUACUGCAAUGCCAUUGAUCCAAGAAAUAAAGUCUUCAGAAGAUGUAGAAAUGGAGGAACCAAAUGUAGAAGUUGAUAUUACACAGGACCAAAUAGGUACCAGUAUGGCACCUACUUCAGUACUAGGGGAUGACAAGGAAAACACACUGACGAAACAAAAUGCAACUGAAGUAUGUGAAAGAACAUUUAUAACCUUCUCAGAUGAGGGAAGCUACAAGAGAGCUUUCAGAAAGUCCAAACCGAAAUCUGUACAGAAGAAUAUUUGUCCCAUCACUCGUUUUGCAGCAAGAUACUUUGAUCCUGUGACUCAGCUGCCUUAUGCAACCCUCCAAGCAUUCCGUGUUCUUCGGGAAGCAUAUUAUCAACAGCUAGAAGAUAAAGGAGACCGGAAUAAUAAGGAGGUUGCAAAGUGGUUGGCUUGGCGACGUGAGUACAAAAAGGUCCGUGCUUCAGCUCAAAGUAUCAAGCCUACUGUUACGACCCUCCAACAAUCAUCUGCUGCUGUCAGUUCUUCCAUUCGCACACCAACACCAAAUACACCAGUUCAGGGUACAACAAUUCCACAGACUGUAUCUUAUAGCUCUACAGGUAAUGGGAUAUCAACACCUACUUCAGCAGUAACAUCAGUUGCUGCAGUAGCUCAGAUAUUAAGAUCAGCUGUGCCAGCUUCAACUGCACUUAUGGUAACUACAGCUACACCAAGUACACUACCUACAACCACUACAUCCCUUGGUACAAUUGCUGCUUCUUCAUUGCACCUUGGUGCCAGACCAAUUGCAUCUACAAUAUCAGCUUCACAACCAGGUGGGCUUGCUAGCCUUCAAGGGCAAACUGUUCAAUUGGUUCAAACUGUGGGUAGAGGAGUGAGCAGCACUGGCCGUCCCAGCCACCAGAUGGUAGUUGUAACUAGUGCUAGCGCCACUGGAGGAAUGCAGUUGGUGGGCAGUGGAACAGGUGCCAAUCUUCUGGUCCAAGGUGGCACAGGAGGAACCACCAAUCUUUUGGUUCAAGGUGGUACUUCAGCCAGUGUAGGAAACCUCCAGAUUGUGCAGGCUAGUGGAGGCAGUGGAGUUCAGGUUGUGCAGGCUAGUGGAGGAGGGAAUGUUCAAGUUGUGCAAGCCAGUGGUGGAGGCAACGUCCAGGUUGUGCAAGGAGGACGCUUCACAAUUCGACCUGUUGCAAGUCAGGCCUUCACUAAUCUACAAUCUCUUCUUAAGUAAAUGCAUUGCAGAAACAAAUUGUUUUUUGUUAUUUUCCACCAAUGUUCAGAUUAUUAUGCAGCAAAUACUUGUAUUGUUCUUUCACAUAUAAAUUAUAGCACUUUGUUGGUUACCCAGAAAAGGUUUCUUCAAUAUUUCUGAGCACAUUUGUUAUCUUUCUUUUUCCCUUUAUUUGUUAAACCCUAAUGAGACAGGGGACAUAAACAUUUCCCCAUAAUGUUAAGAACUAAUCAGCUAUGCUGAGGGUCUAGAAAGCCUCUCAUUCUCAAGUUUGUAACUGGAAUGACCAUAAUAUCAUAUAUUUAUAAUCAUGUAAAAUCUCAGGAAACUUUCAUUAAAUGGCAAUAAUUUUGUCUCUGUAUGUUGCCUAAAUUAUGUCUGGUAAGAGAAUUUUAUUGGAUUAGAGAUAUAUGCUCUCUUUGAAUCGAUUGAUUGACAAAAACUAAUUUUGAAGUAAAUGUGUAUCUUCGUCAAGGUGGGUUUUAAUAGACAAAUUAUGUAAGUGUAUGCUUUCUUACUUUUCAUAUUGUAAAGGAAGUAUGAAAUGUGUGCUCUUAAACAUUCCUAUACUUAUUAGUAACCCACAGUAUUGAAUGACUUGUUAAAAAUAUCCCAAAGUUUGUUUACAGUAAUUGAACUCUUUAAGAUCUAGGAAUAUAUUUACUUGUGUCUUUUUGUUGUCUUAAGGUUAUUAAAGCCAAAAUUGAGAGGUUAUUGCAAUUAUCACUUCUUAUUCGUAAUAUUAAAAAACAUUGUGGUCAUAGUAUAUUAGUAAAAAAAAAAAAGUCAACUAAUGUGCUAUAUCACAAUAGCUGUAUUAUUAUUAAAGAAUAGGAACACAUUGGUACAUUCUAAUGAGAGGAUCUUCCAUGAAUUUAGAGUUUUAAUAGCAAUAUAAUGUUUUGUAUAUAAAUAAAAAAGGAAAAAGAAACCUA